GUCUAAUUAAUUAAAAAAUAUAACAGUUUAAAAUAAAUAACACAAAACUAAAUAAAAGUUUGUGAUUUGCUUCCGGGUUGAAUAGUCUGUCUUUUCUACUGUUACGGCUUAUAAAAAGUGACCUACUUUCACUUUCGAAAAAAGGGCAAAAUCUAGCACAUACACACAUAUGCUACCUUAAUCAAUGCAUAUAAGGUCAUGAGCGAUAACGAGUCAACAUCUUAUCAGCUAUCCCGAGUGAAUGCACUGCUUCCGCGUCAUCUUCUCGAUCGAUGUUAUAUUCUUAAUGACCAAUGUUUUGUAAGAGACUCGAAAGUUAUUAAGACAAAUCAAAACAGGGGAGAUAAAUGGGAGAUUCAAGGAAAGGAUGUUAUGUUUCAGUUCUGACAGGAGUAUGCAUCGCCUUCAUAGCUGUUGGUGUAGGAUUGAUCGUGCAGUACGUGAACUACAGGACGUCUGAAUGUGUUUGUCCUGAAACAUCAAAGUCGUCAAAGCAGAGCGAUGGUAUUGGAAUGCUUCGACCGAAUGCAAAAGUUUCGCAUGAUUACAAAUUGUUUUACUUCGACUGUAGAGGGCGUGGUGAAAUUGCCCGGAUGAUAUUUGCAUACGCUGGACAUCCUUUUGUUGAUAAGCGCAUCGACUAUGAUGAAGAAUGGCCUUCAAUUAAAUACGAUUUUCCCCAGUAUGUUCUUCCAGUGCUUGAGAUUGACGGGUCCAAAAAUAUAACACAGAGUAUGGCCAUAGCCCGCCAUCUUUCCAGAGAGUUUGAUAUAAAUGGGAAAACUCCAACAGAACAAACAGUUAUUGAUGAGAUUACAGAAACGGUUGCUGAUAUUUAUAACUUUGCUCUCGAAUUUCAAGUAGCUCCAACAUCCCAAGAAAGGGUACAGAAGAAGGCCGAAUUUUAUAAAGUGGAUUGUCCAAAGUUUUUAAUGUUUCUUGAAAACCUUGUAGCUGAAACGGGGCAAAAUGGUUUUGCUGUUGGUGAUAGCUUCACAGUAGCUGACUUGAUGCUCUUCGUCUACAUUGAACAUACUGAAGCACAUUUUACACCACCCGAGGCGCCAUUGCUGAAAAACUAUUCGCUUCUCGACCGGAACCGGGAAUUGGUUUCGUCAAUUCCAAGGAUACAGGAAUACCUUCAGAAAAGACCGGAACAAGAUAUGUAGUGAUUCAAGUUGAAAAAAAGUGUUUGUAUAAAAAAAAGAAACAAGGAGCCCCAGUCUUAUCGUAUUCUAAAGAACUUUUUUGCACUGAAUUUUCAUCUUACCUUCAGAAUAGGCUGGAACAAGAUCUGUAGUGAUAAAUUUUCAAAUAAGUUUUUUUAAUAAAAAAUGAGACAGAGAUACCAGUCUUGACCGUACGACAGUAAAGUUGGUAGGUAGUUGGUAGGUAGUUGGUAGGUAGUUGGUUGAUAGUUGGGGAUUCAAAUAUUCAACUACCUACUAGUUGCCAGUUUGGGAUUCGAAUAUUCAAUUAACUACUAGUUGCCAGUUGAGGAUUCGAAUAUUCAACUACCUACUAGUUGCCAGUUGGGAAUUCGAAAACAACAACAGAGUUAGAUGUUGAUGUUGAUAUUAAGCUACUCGACUAUUUCCAGUCGGUUAUUCGCGAGUAUUCAACUAGUAACCAGUUGGUAGUUGGGGAUUCAGAUAUUUGUCUUUUUUAUGGUUUAAAGGUACACAUGUUAAGAAAUCAAACAUUUCUUGUGUUUUUAUACAUGUACACAGAUGUAUCUUUGUGACAAACACUGGUUAUAUUCACUAUUGUUCGUACUUCCGCCAGUCAGAUAUUCGACCAUUUCCAUUCGGUUUUUCGCGAAUAUUCUACAAGCCAGUUGGUUCUUCGAUUAUUGCCAGUCGGUUAUUCGCGAAUAUCUAACUACCAACCAGAUGUAUUACUAUAUAUAUAUAUGCACACAUAUGUACCUCCGUUAACUUGGAGAUUGUUUUAUUCCCGGGAACGUCUAAGAAGUGUCCUCGUUGUUGUUAUAAUUACAUUCCCCUUUUUGUCCCAUGCACAAGAAUUCGGAUGAAAAUAGGUUUAUCAUUCAAUGUUUCAAUGAUAAGCCCAACGGCUGGCCCUUAAUUGAGACGUGUUAUACUAUAAUUAAAAAACACACUUAAGUAUGUAAUCGUUUUCAGUUAAAACAUAUAAACAAGAGUUGCAAUAUAAAAUACAUUUACUGUAAAUUUAUUCAAUUUCAAAACAUUAGAUGGUUAAAGAACUUUGAUCUUCAUCAACAUGUAUUGGGUUGUGAUUCAAAUUACGGAUAUCAGCAUAAUAUGUUAGUUUAUGGUUUGUUCUUUUACUUAUGCUUGUUAUCU